AUGCCGGAAGAGCUGCCAGAGCUACGGGAUGCGGUGCUCGCAUCCGCGCUGGGUCUCGGUGCUGCCGGCGUAGCUUUCCGGGACUGCCCCGAUGGGGAUGACGGCGGCAUCGACAUGGCGGUGCGCUCGGAGCAGCUGGCACUCCACCGUGCCGGCCUCGCAGCGGCGGCAGCGCAUCGCCGGAUGCUUCCUUGCCUCCUGGCCUUUCCAUUCGAGUCUGGGCUCACGGGGGCCGACCGGCUGCCCAGCCUGGUGCGGUUCCUGCAGGAGACAGCGAGCUGCGGCAGCUUCGAUGCGUGGAGUCCCUUCCUGGCCUCACUGGCGGAGGGUGUCGCGUUGUGGCAGCAGGAGCUGACGCAGCAUCGCGCGGAGAUGUGGGCUUUGUUGGCUUCACUGGCGGUAACCUCACGUAGCUUCCUGCGCGACUGCGGGCUUCUGGCGCGGCAUGUUCCUCCCGACGAGGCAGCUGCAGAAACUAUUCUUCGCCGAUGCCUUGGGGAGGGAUUACCACCUGCCCUCGACGACGUGGUGCUGGGCUCUCUUGUGUCCAUAGCCUCAGCAGCAGGACUUAGACCUGGUGGUGAUGUUCUGAGUGCCGUACUUUGCCACCUGGACCCGGCUCGCCGCCACGCGGCGUUGGACGUCGCUCGCAAGCUCGGCUCGCCUUGUCCACCGGCCCUGCCAGCCUGGCUGGCGCACUUCGACGAGACCGGGGAUGCGGAGGAGGCGCCUCCUCCACCUCCGCCGCCCGAAGUCGUUGCUGCUCCGAGCGCUGCGAGUGAG